GUAGGGGCCUUUUGUUACCUCACCAGCCAAUGAAAGCAUUUUACGACAGAGAACAGUUGGGAUAUAAAAAGAAGGAGUCCCUUUGCCUAGUACAUGAUCUGUGGUUGCCUACCCCUCCCCUAUAAAGACCUGCACAAGACAGCUGUCCUCUGCACCAGCAGCAGUCAGCAGCUCCUCUGGAUAAUCUACUAUGCUGUCUCAGCGGUACCCUCUCUUAUUCUGCAUGCUGGUCCUGUCCAUGGAGUUUUCCAAAAGCAAAGGAGAGUCUAUCAUGGAAAAGGGAUCCGUGCAGGUGGAUACCUCAGUGGGUGAAAGUGAGGAACAGGACUGUCCUGUGUGCAUGUGGAGGAAACACAGCAAGGAAAUGAGGCUGGAGAGCAUUAAAUCACAGAUAUUGAGCAAACUCAGGCUAAAGGAAGCUCCUAAUAUAACCCGGGAGGUUGUGAACCAGCUGCUGCCCAAAGCACCCCCUCUGCAGCAGAUCCUGGACCAGCACGAAUUUCAGGGAGACUCCUUCCAGCAUAAUUCUUUUGUGGAAGAGGAUGAGUAUCAUGCCACCACGGAGACUGUCAUCAGUAUGGCACAGGAAACAGACGCAGUAGUGAGACUGGAUGGGAAUCCUCAGUGCUGCUAUUUUAACUUCAGCCCAAAAAUAAUGUUCACCAAAGUAGUAAAAGCCCAGCUAUGGGUGUACCUGCGGCCUGUGCAACACACCUCCACUGUCUACCUACAGAUUCUGCGCCUCAAGCCUGUAACAGAGGAGGGUAGCAAACACAUCCGUAUUCGGUCUCUGAAGAUUGACCUGCACUCACGUACAGGCCACUGGCAAAGCAUUGAUUUCAAGCAUGUGCUACAGAACUGGUUCAAGCAGCCACACAACAACUGGGGCAUUGAGAUCAAUGCCUUUGACCCCAAUGGUAAUGAUCUUGCUGUCACCACGCUUGGACCCGGAGCAGAAGGGCUGCAUCCAUUUAUUGAGCUGCGUGUGAUGGAGAACAACAAGCGAUCAAGGCGGAACCUGGGACUUGACUGUGAUGAACACUCCACCGAGUCACGGUGCUGUCGUUACCCGCUCACUGUGGACUUUGAGGCCUUUGGCUGGGACUGGAUUAUUGCUCCCAAACGAUACAAAGCUAAUUAUUGUUCUGGCCAGUGUGAAUACAUGUUCAUGCAGAAGUACCCUCACACCCAUCUUGUUCAGCAAGCAAAUCCACGUGGAUCUGCCGGCCCUUGCUGUACACCUACAAAGAUGUCGCCUAUUAACAUGCUGUAUUUUAAUGACAAGCAACAAAUUAUCUAUGGCAAGAUCCCCGGAAUGGUUGUAGACCGUUGUGGCUGUUCCUAAGACUUUGAUUCUCUGUCUUUUAUCUACUCAUGCCCAACUUCUUUCUUUCUCUCAAGGGUACAACAGACCAAAAUAUGGUAAUGGGUAUAGUGCACUAUUUAUGCUACCACUCCCUCUAUCCAACCCUAGUUAAGAUGUUAGAAAUUUUACAGUCGCUAAGUCCGAUUUCUGCAUUUAGUUAAGCUCUUGUAAUGACUGCCAUUGUCUUUACAUCUGGUCAAUAUGGCACCUCAGUUUGGGUCCAUACGUAUAUAAUCUCACAAAACUAGUGGCAGUUCAAAUCAUAAUGUGUCAUAUUGCACUAGAUUAAUGAGACCUGCGAUCAGGUAGUCAGCUUACAAUGAAAGAUAAACCUCUUUCAUUGCCAGAGGCUGCAACUAUAAGGGGUAUGAAGGGGAUAAACUCCAUUUAUAGGAUUAUUUUGCUUCAUUCAAAUGUUUGCAAAUUGUUGCAGAUUAGGGCUAAAAAAAUCUGUUUUGCACUUGGCAACUGCUUGAUACAUUGUGUUUUGGCACCAAGUCUUCUUUGAAGUGCAUUGCAUGGACUGCUUUGUGCUUUACAUUCCAUUCACUCAUCCAUAACUGCCCUAUACUUAUCUAAUCACUGGAAAUUCUCUCCUACCUUUAAUCUUUUGCAACUCUUUCCUUAGAGGGGAGACUCCAGAAAUACAACCUCUGGGGGUUGUUGCCUGUAUCUUCUGCUCUGUGCAAUACAAAAUGCAAAGCAUAAACUAAAUAAAAUGGCCCUGUAAGUCUCUAUGUUGGCUAAUUAUAUAAUUUCUCUGUCCUUUCCAUUGCACCUCUGUCAUAUGCCUUAUGUAGCAUAUGUACAGUGAAUCUUGUUGGAAUACCAGUGACAAAGGUCAGGAUCCGCAAUCACAUAGGGUAAACUAAACGUAACACUUGAAAAUAUAUUUCAAUAAGAUACUUUGCUCCCCCAAAAAAUUUAGUGCUUACCCUGUAUUUUCUUCUACAGUAGUCCAGUGAGUAUGACAUCACAAAGUUUACUAGAGUGUCACAGUCUUAAUGCUUCUCAGGGAUUGGGCUAACAUCAGAUUUGAGUGAAGUUCCUUGUUAUUUAUCCCAUAUUUAAUAUUUUUUUUUUGUCACAAAGAAUAUGUAAAAUACAGACCACAUACUGUACAGCAACUCAUUUCCAUGUUUCAACAAAGCAAACUAACCAGCUCUGUAAUUUCCAUUCAUUAGGACUGUGAUCAUCAUAUAUAAUUAUUAUAUGUUCACUUUAGUAAAUAUCUGACUCUGUUUUGUUAUCUAGGGCUUCCGUAAUAGUGAAAUAAUAAACCAGGACACCCAAGUCUACCGAAUUUUCACAAUUAAUUUCCUUUUAGGUCCCACAUAAAGGAUAAACCGUUCUAGGAACCUAUUCUUAUACAUUUGAGCACUUCUCGAGAUUGAUAUCGGGGAAAACAAUUAUUGUGAAUAGUCUGUGUAUGAAUGAAAGGCGGAAUGUCCCAGGAAAAUCAGGGCAUAUGGAAUCCUUACUCUUACCAGUCAUUAUUUGCAACUACAGUAAGAGAUUAUUAUUAUAACCUUUAUAUCCCCUUGGCAUUUUGUCCAAAAUCCAUUAUAUACGGUAGAUGGUAUACAAUUUCAGUGCCUCAUAGUGACCAGUUCUAGAAAUAUAGUAGAACCACUUAAUGUUCAUAUUCCUGAUUAAAAAUGUAUAGGAAAAGUAGAGUCAGCAUUGGAUAAGGUCUGAAACAUUUCACAACUGGGUCAAUCAAAUUGUAAGUCACAUUUUAGUUUUUUGGUACGCUUUCUCAUAAGCAAUGUUAUAAUGACACCCUACAGUAGUAACAAUGCAGGUAUAAACACGAUUGACAACAUGGAAAGUAUAGAAAACAUAUGCUCUUAAAUACAUCUAUCUUUAUGUUUUUUUUCUGACAUACUGUACGUCUUCUUUAUCAGUAGUUAGAACAACCCAGAUUCCAAGGAACAGGCUCACUACAAAUCUAGUAUCAGCAAUAACAUUUCAAAUAAUAGUAGCUAUUUGGGAUGAUAACUUGAGUGUAAGAGUGUUUCGUACAGUACUUGAUAAACGUAGUGAAGAAAAUCAAAUAAUUUUAGAUUAUUGCUACUAGAGAAAUCUUUUAUGGAUAUUUCUUCAGCAACAGAGGUUCAAAAGAUCUCUCUUUUUUAUUUUUUUUGGGGGGAUCAAUGGCACCAUUUGCACUAUAGAAGGUCUUUGGACCAGUGGAAGAAGAGAUGCCAUUUUUUGUUCCUGUGCAGUCUCCAACAGGCUCCAGACUUGAAGGGACAGGUUGUCCAGGUGCUGUACAUUCUCUCUAGGAGGCACUGCACUGUAAGCAUCCACAUGCAUCAGAGCUGUACAUCCAGGACUACUUGAGGUAGUCCCUUCCAAGCUGGGACUGUCCAUCUUUUAUAUAUGUAUGUUUACCUGUGUGAGUGGGAAGAGUUUGUAGCAGUUAUAGGGAAAACAGUGUUGUUUAAUGCUGGAAGGGUGAUUACCUGCCAUUAGAACAGCAUGAAAAAAACGGAAUGCCUAUGUUGG